UUUUGAAGAUAAUUUAUUACACAGUUAACUAAUGAAAGCAGGAAGAAAAAUAUGUUAAAAUGACAAAAUUUUACGUGGACAAAAAGGAGUUGCCCGGCCUUAUUUUCAUGUAGUCCAUGCUGCUGUAAUGUUGUUUAUUUGUAGUUUCUGUAGUAAGCCGGUACGAGCGCUCCAGCAGCCGCCAUAUUCUCCCGCCUGUGGGGAUAUUGGCAAGAGUUCUAUCAGGUCCUAUUUUCUCAUCGCUUCUUGUCUAUUCUCAUUCUUCUGUCUAUUCUCAUCGUACGCAUCCCAAAAAACCAGGUGGUAAAAUAUGAAUGAGUUCCUUGCAAAAUCCAAUGAUAACUGGAUUUCAAUAUAGCAACCUGCUCUCAUUAAUGCCAACCGACGCACCCAAAGGAAUUGUAUUUUUGUAUCAGGAAACUUACGUGCGUUCCAAACCUUUCUUCUGAAGCGUGGGUUAACGGUUCCUGGGAUAGUCUUAAGAACCCUAAGUCUCCUUAAAAUGUAAUGCAAUAACUCAAUCCACAGGAAAUGGCAAGUCUUUCAAAUAACCUGAAAAUAUGCAAACCCCAACUAUUUUGAACACGUUCGAUUUCUCAAUAGGCCUGAAGCACCCCUUGGAGCAUUGUGUGCAUCCUUCGAUUGCGCAACUAGCGGUGGGAAAAUUAAAAAGCUGAAAAUUUUCCUAAAAGAAAUGAUGUUUUAGUUAAUGAUAAUUAACGUAAAACGUUCGAAUUAUUGAAAACGUUAGAAUCCACAACGAAAACUCUGUCUGAGACUACCAGACUGACAGUGUAAGUGUGUUUCUCUCCAGAGUCCAGAACUCCAGUCCAGUGUCCAGUUCCAGAAUUUGAAUAACAUGAACAUGUUUUUCACCCCGGAAGGGAACAAAUUCGAAUAGAGAUUUGACACUACCAUGAGCCUUUUUGGCCUCAUGUUACCCCAGUAAAUUUUUUUUUCACCGUUAACAUUAUUCAAAAAAGAAAAGAAUGGAAGAAUCUACAGAUGCCAGUGAAAAGUCUAUAUCAAUGGGCCCGGCGAACCUCAUCAGUAAAGAUGAACCGAGCAACGAACCUGUGCAUUCAACGAUCUCAGAUGCUAGUUUUGUAUCACCCACAAGAAACCAAAUAAGUCAUGCAAUGGGCAGUUUGUCUAUUUCCUCCAUCACAAAUGCAGACAGUAGUCAAGUUGCUCAUUUGCAUGCUGCAUUUUCUCCAGAUGCAGAUUUCAGACCAGACAUACUGAUGUCAACAGUUAAUUCUCGAAAGACUUCAACUUCUCAAGAGGAUUUGAACAUCAGUAUGGGACCAUUACCUGGUUUUGACUUUACCCGUGAAAGUCAGUCUGAAGAAGAUCAAGAUGACCACAGACUACCAUUAACAAGUCUUGUUGCCAAUAUAGAAAAGUUGGAAGUUAAACAAAAAAAACUUGGUGAAGUGCAACAGCCAAUUCCUCCAGUAACAUUUGGCUCCAAGAGCAUUCAAACAGAAGCAUUACAGUGUCAUAAAUGUGAACAGUUACACAUACUCUACAACCAAAAACUUUUGGAAGUAGCUAAUGAAUUCCAGCAGCAGUACACUUCACAAUUUCAGAUGGUUGAGCAGCAUGUUGCAGCUUCUGAGGAUGCACAAAAGCAGAUAAAAGACUUGGUGGAUCAACUAGAUGCAGCAGACAAACAGUUAAAAGCAAAUCGGGCGUUUUUGGAGCAACAGGCUGUCGAGAGAGAGCAGGAACGAGAAGAGGCCAGCGAACAGCAGAAAAAACUAGAAGCUUUAUUAACUGAAAAAGAAAAAGAAUGCGAACGCAUGAAAACAAGUAUAUCGCAACUAACGAAUGAGGUUCAGCAACUUCAUGAAGCCCUUAAAGAAAAAGAUCAGAUUCUCCAGGAUCAUCUUAGUACGCAGCAGCGAUUGGAGCAACAGAACCAACUUUUGCGAAUAAACCAGGCUGAUAUGGACGAAGAAAACAGUAGCUUGCAGACUGUUCUGGAUGUUAAAGAUAAAUUGCUCAAAGCGCAAUCAGAGCAAAUAGCCGCGCUGCAAAAUGAAUUAGAAAAUCAUUUAUAUGCGCAGUCCGAAACGGAAAGAGAAAGCGAAGCUCCACCAAGUGUCAAACAUGAUUCGACGUUGCAAGAUGUAGUGGAAACUUCCCUCGAAGCUUCACCUGCUGAAAUGCCCACUUUGUUUGAUGAGCUCCAACAGCUGAUUUGCCGCCUUUUACAUAAAGUUGAAAACAGCACACGUGCACUGGAAGCAGCGCAGACUGCCAAAAGAAAAAAAACGGCUAACAAUUUAUUGAGUCCAAGGACUCAAAUAACUCCUUCGACUAGCACGGAAGACAUCUCCAUCAAGGAUAGAAAUCCCAGGGGAAUUGAUGAUCUGCGUGACUUGUCCAGCCCAUCACCGACAGGAGAAAACGGUAUAAAUAACCCAGAACGUGCACUUAACUUCCUUCAACAGCUGGACGGGAAACUGGCAAUACUGAGUCGUAUAGAAGAAGCUGCGUGUAAACGAAUAGCAGAUCUUGAAGCCGAAUUACAACGCGUUUGCCUGUCGGAAAAGCGUAGCAUUUCGAGGGCGGCCGAGUUGGAACAGCAAUAUCAACAACACCGGUUAAUGCUACAGGAUGUCGAUGCGGAAAAACAUGAACUUCAAGUGGAACAUACUGAAUUACUGAAACGCAUUUCCUCCUUGGAAAACCGGCUAGAAGAGCAAAGAAGAUCAGCUGCUCUUGGGGCCUCGCAAAAUAUGCACGCCGAGAAGUGCCGUGCUCUUUCAGAGGAGAAGCAACAACUGCAGCUGAUUGUCCAGGAGAAAGAAGAAUCCCUUAAUGAUAUGCAAAAGCAGAUGGGCGAAUUAUAUCAGCGAAUCGAAAAACUAAUGAAAGCUAUUCAAGAAAAAGAACAAGAGUCUUCUAGGCGAACUCAGGAUGACUUUUCUCAGAGCAGUGUCGAACGUUUACGAGAUGUCCCGCACCAAGAUGGCAGCAUGACUUGGUCUAAACUCGGCACGCAAAAUUCCCCUGUCCCUCUCAGUCCCAUAUACCAACCACACAAUCAGUAUCAUCAGACAGCGCAGCUCAAACAUCAAGAGACGGCCCAUGCGCUCUCCAUGGAAGUGGCUGAGCUCAAAGCUAAACUGACAAAAUGCGAGAAAGAGCGACAAGUUUUAGAGGAUGAAGCGGCUUGUAACACCAGCCGCCUGGCUCAACUGGAAUCACUGGAAAUACGUAACGCUGCAUUAGAUGACAUGAUAGACGAAGCAGAGCGACAAAAAGAUGAGUACGAACAGCGUUGCUCUGGCCUGGAAAAGGAGCUGGAAGAAUGCCGUGGUAAGUUACAAGAGCUCGCAACCAUUCGAGAACGUGGCGUUGCCCUGGAAAAGGAGCUAAGCCAGUACAAGGCUAUGGCGCAGGAUGUGGAAUCAACACGUCAAUUGCAUUUGACCUUGAAAAAGGAAUAUGAAGAACAUAAGCAGGCAAGCCAAGCAACGAUCGAUGAAUUGCAGAAGCAAUGUCAAGAGCUGCAAACAGCUCUAGUUAAUCAAAAGAAUUUAGCUCAAGAAUACGACAUCAUGCGCCGUAGAUGCCUAGCUCUUGAAACAGAAGCAGCGGCCCAGCGGGGCACGAUUACAGCUGUUGAAAUUCUUCAACAGCGUUGCGCGUCACUGCAAGCUGAUCUCGUCUACCACCAACAAACGGCCCAGCAACAAUCCUCAGCGCUAAAAGCUCAACUGGAUUCGAAGGAGAAGAGGCUUAAUGAUUUGCAAACAAAAUUGAAACAAUCCGACAGUUGCAAAGCCCAAGUCGAAGAGGCUUUACAGAAGUUACAACUUGAAGUUGAGGCGGUCAAAAAGGCCCAGCAACUGCAACAAAAGCAAAAAAGCGUUGCAACAGCUGAUCCUAGAGAACUAUCUACAUUGCUAGAAGGCCCAGCAGCACCGCCCGAUUUGCUUGCGCCGUCUUUUGUGGAAUUUUUGGGAAGUGCUACAAGUAGUCGAUGUAGCAGUCGAGCAGCAUCCAUCCGCAAUGGCAGUCCAGCGCAUCGAACCGCCGAAUCCAGCACUUUAAAUGACUUGUCUUUGCCUAAUUCCAUGAUGGGCAAAACGGCUUUAAAAGAAGUUCAAAGAGAGAGUGAGCAGCUCUUAGCUUUCGGUAAACAAAUGCUCGAGAUGCAACAGAACGCAGCUCAGCAAAAAACAAACUGUUUGCCGUCAACCAAUCAGACUAUGGAGGAUGAUCUUGAGACUACGUUAAAGCCGGAUGGGGACAGUUUUGUAGUCAGAGUCAAUCCAGUUGAAGUAGAAUUAACCAAAAAAAUGCAGCUACUUAGGACGGAACUUGCAAUGGAGCGACUCUUGUUGCAAGAUCAGCGAACAGCCAACUCACGCCUCCAACAACAGGUGAUGCAAUUAAUUGCGCAACAGAGAAACCAGCCGGUCCAAUCCCAGCCGCCUCAAAAAUCCAUUUCAGCAUACCGAUCUCUUCCACCGGAACAAGCCAACAAAUUUCUCCAGUAUCGCACCCUCAAAUUAGAAAGCAUACGCAAAAAUUUAAUCUACCAGAAAAAAUUUCUUUCAACCAUUGCCAACGAAUGGGAUCAGAACCAUAACCAACGAUCAGAGAAGGCGUUCGAACCUAAGAAGGCCUUGCGAUGUUUCAGAGUCGCUGUUUUUACCGUCAUAUCGAUUGAAAGGAUGCGCUACAUCUCGAGACAGUGGCGCCAAAGGAGGCGGGCGAUCGAAGCUCGGCCUUCCUCUGACUGAAAAGUUUACGAAUACCUUGUUGUGUUUGACUUGAUGCAUGAAAGCCGAAUAAUAAAAAUUCAAAUUUG